AUGAUCGCAACAGUUCGUCGUGUCCGUACGACGUCCAGAGGUCUCCUGGCCAUUGCCAGUAUCAUUAUUCUUUCACUUUCAACUCAUAUCAACUGGUUCAUGGGCUUCUUCUACAUUGCCGACCGCUUGCCAUUUGUUCUCUCCAUUCUCACCCUGGCCACCCUCGUGCUCACGUCAAUACUGGACCUUGCAAAGGGUGGGAACGCCGUAACGGCUCGCCCAAUGGUCGAAAGUGCCCUCCUUGUCGUCUUUACAAUCUUGUGGACAGGUGCCAAUGGCUUUUCGACUCCGAGAUGGAACACAAUUCAGCCCGGCGUCUGCUCCUCCAUCAGUAUUGUCUUGGGCUCACUGUUGCUGCUCGUCUCAUACUGUUUCAAACAGGCUCGCAAGGGCCGGGGACACAUUUGGGUCACCCCUCUUGCCCAUUUUGACCCUCAUGAAGCAGAGGAUACCAAAUGGGAUGCCAAAUCACGCGUAUUCAGCCACAUGUCGUGGGGAAUUCGUGGCGAUCGAACUCCAUAUGCGUUUGAUAUGCAAACGCCGCGUCCAUACCAAACAGAGCACCAACAGACACAGGAGAAUUAUCAUUACAACGAUUUUAACGAUCAAGUACCAACACCACGCCCUGCUGCAGUCAUUCACAAUUACAACAAUGCCGGAGAUACCCUUCGUUCGGUAGGCUCGCAGCAUUCCGGGCAGGCAUUAGUUGGAGGAGGAUAUCAAUCUACGGAUCCGUUCAAUAUACCCAAGGAUAGACCUAUAUCCCUCGCUUCAUCUGGAGAAGGCGCGGUGCAGCCCUCCAAUUGGCGAAGUUUUACUCAGCACGGCUUUGACAAGCCGGCGAAGCCUAUUGCAAACGGAGCAAUGCGGACGCACGGGUAUAGCACCUCGAUUGAGCAUCAUUCGAGACAGCCAUACGCAUUCUGA